UAUAUAUUCAUUUUUUCUGAAAACCCAAGCGUUUUUCCUCCGCGGCUCCUUUUUCCUUCUCGCUCUCUAGGGUUUUCUUGGUCAAGUAAAAAAAUGAAGGUGGUCGCUGCCUACUUGCUUGCCGUCUUGGGAGGGAACCUUUCCCCUUCUGCCGAUGAUUUGAAGGAUAUUCUCGGAUCUGUUGGAGCUGAGGCUGAUGAUGAUAGGAUAGAGUUGCUAUUGUCCGAAGUUAAAGGCAAAGAUAUCACCGAGCUAAUUGCAUCUGGAAGGGAGAAGUUGGCUUCAGUCCCUUCAGGUGGGGGUGCUGUUGCUGCUGCUGCUCCUACCACUGGUGGCGGUGGUGCCAGUGCUGCACCAGCUGCUGAGGCCAAGAAAGAGGAGAAGGUCGAAGAGAAGGAAGAGUCCGAUGAUGAUAUGGGUUUCAGUCUCUUCGAUUAAGCCAAGUAAUGCAAAUGUCAAGGUUUUUCUUAUGCAGUUAGUGCUUCUAUUUCAAGCGGUAUAUGAUUCUGUAUGUUUGUUACUCUCUGGUCGAAAGUUGUUUUUUUAUCAUCUUUUAGGUUCGAGUUUUCUUUGGAAAAUGUAGUUAAAGAUAAUCCAUUCAAGUUGUUACUUUAAUUUUGGAUUAAAACAAAUUAUUUUCUA